UGGGACCGCGGAUUACUUUACUACUCUGGCAGCCUCUGGCUGCCUUCAGGCGGCCUGCCGGGCUCCAUGGCCGCGGCCCGCGGGGCCUCCCCCGCGCUGUGGGUCGCCUGCGCGGCCCUGCUACAGCGAAGGGCCGCCGCGCUCUCCACGCUGGAUCCCUCGCGCGGCGAUGCGGCGCCCUCGCGGAGGCGUGUCGAGCCGCUGUCCCUGCUGGGCGUGUCGUCCGCCACCCGAGAGGCAGAAGCCGGCUUCAAGGCCGAUGCCGCCGCGGACGCUGCCAAGGCCGCGGCAUCGGCAGAGGCGGGGCAGGCUGGCGCCGAGUCGGCGGUGCCCCCGUCCUGUUUCGCCCCCGCCCCCGCCCCCCCCUCCCCCUCCGCCUCGGAGGCGCGAUGGAGACCGGCUGGGCGCCGCCGUUCCGGCACCCGGGCGACGGGACGAGGUCGCAGGUGAAGAGCCCCAAGUGGUUCCACGAGUCUGAGUCGGGCGGCGAGAAGAGCGCGUGGCAGACGCACUACCCGGAGGCCAAGAACGAGUUCCACCACUCGCAGACGUGGCAGGUCCUGGGCUACCAGCAGUGGGAGUACACCCCCGAGGGGUGGCUCAACGACCCGAAGCCCGAAUGGCUGAUGGACAAGCUGCGGCACCAGCCCGGCACCAAGGACGCGGACUGGUUCGACACGGCCGCUGGUUCGGUGGACAUCUACGGCCGCCGCGCGCCGCCUUCGAAGAGCUCCGCGCAGUGGCUGCUGGCGCAGCCCGAGGAGCCCGUGGGCAACCGCUGGAUCGAGCGCGCCAUCAACACCACGAUCCUGUGCAGCACCCCCGGGUGCACCGGCGCUCGGCGCUCCAGGCCUACAACCCGACCACCGAGGAGGCCAGGUUCUGCAGGCCGGGCGCCGGG